AUGGAUGAUAAGAAUCAAACAGCAGUGACUGAACUUCAUUUUGUGGGCUUAACAGAUAAUUUUCCACAGAAGAUGAUUCUCUUCUUGAUCUUCCUGCUUGUGUAUCUUGUGACAUCGGGAGCGAACUUGGGGAUGGUUGCCCUUAUCUGGACAGAUUCCCGACUCGACACACCCAUGUACUUUUUCCUCAGCCACUUGUCCCUUGUGGAUGCCAGCUGCUCUUCUUCUGAUGCUCCAAAGAUGUUGUCUGACAUCUUUCCGGCGAUAAAAGUCAUCUCCUUCAUGGGCUGUGCUGUACAGAUGUGGUUUAUUGGUCAAUUUGCCAUUACUGAGUGUUUCCUCCUGGCUACCAUGGUCUGUGAUCGGUAUAUAGUAGCCAUCUGCAACCCUCUGUUGUACCCAGUCAUCAUGUCCCAGCAGGUCUGUGUGCAGUUGGUGGCAGCUCCUUAUGCCAUGGGGAUUUUAAAUGCCAUUAUUCAAGAGACCUUCACUUUUUGCUUACCUUUCUGUGGUCCAAAUGUGGUCAACCACUUCUUCUGUGACAUUCUCCCUGUUCUCUCCCUGGCAUGUGCCGACACCCAGAACAAUAGGUUGGUUCUUUUCAUCAUGGCUGGAACUAUUGUGUUGUUCAGUGGCAUGAUCAUCACCAUCUCUUAUGUGUUCAUCCUGACGGCCAUCCUGAAAAUCCGGACUGCUAAUGGGAGACAGAAAGCUUUCUCCACUUGUUCUUCUCACCUGAUAGCCAUCUGCAUCUUGUGUGGGACUCUUUUCUCUGUCUAUGUUCUUCCUGAGUCAGGCUCCUCCCUAGAUAUCAAUAAAGUGAUUUCUCUAUUUUAUACUGUGGUCAUCCCCAUGCUGAACCCCCUCAUCGAUAGUGUGAGGACCAAGGAGGUGAAAAGUGUAUUCUGGAGCAAGUUUGAAAGAAAAAUAGAAUAAUGCGAUUCAGUAAUGGAUGGUAAU